GGAAGUCAAAGGUCGGUAAAUAGUGGUGAUGUCAUGCAGGCAAGAUGGCGGAAGGGGAGGACGUGGGAUGGUGGCGGAGCUGGUUGCAGCAGAGCUACCAGGCGGUCAAGGAAAAGUCCUCCGAAGCCUUGGAGUUCAUGAAGCGGGACCUGACAGAGUUCACCCAGGUGGUGCAGCAUGACACGGCCUGCACCAUCGCAGCCACGGCCAGCGUGGUCAAGGAGAAGCUGGCUACUGAAGGCUCCUCGGGGGCGACGGAGAAAAUGAAGAAGGGUUUGUCUGACUUCCUAGGGGUGAUCUCCGACACCUUUGCUCCCUCAGCAGACAAAACCAUCGAUUGCGAUGUCAUCACCCUGAUGGGCACACCCUCUGGCACAGCUGAGCUCUAUGAUGGCACCAAGGCUCGUCUCUAUAGCCUGCAGUCAGACCCGGCAACCUACUGCAAUGAACCAGAUGGGCCCCCGGAAUUGUUUGACGCCUGGCUUUCCCAGUUCUGCUUGGAGGAGAAGAAGGGGGAGAUCUCAGAGCUCCUUGUAGGCAGCCCCUCCAUCCGGGCCCUCUACACCAAGAUGGUGCCAGCGGCUGUUUCCCACUCAGAAUUCUGGCAUCGGUAUUUUUAUAAAGUUCAUCAACUGGAGCAGGAGCAGGCCCGGAGGGAUGCCCUGAAGCAGCGGGCAGAACAAAGCAUCUCUGAGGAGCCUAGAUGGGAGGAGGAAGAAGAGGAGCUUGUGGGCAUUUCACCCGCACCUCCAAAAGAGGCAAAGGUUCCUGUGGCCAAAACGUGCACAUCCCUUGAAGGAGGACCUGGCCCCCAGAGUCCCUGUGAAGAGAAUCUGGUGACCCCAGUCGAGCCUCCAACAGAAGUCACUCCAUCCGAGAGCAGCGAGAGUAUCUCCCUCGUGACCCAGGUUGCCAAAUCUGCCACCACACCUGAGGCACCAGUACUGCCCAAGGACCUGUCCCAAAAGCUUCUAGAGGCCUCUUUGGAGGAACAGAACCUGGCUGUGGAUGUGGGCGAGACUGGACCCCCACCCCCAGCUCAGUCUAAGCCCCACACCUCUGCCGGUCGCCCCACUGGCCCAGAGCCCAGGCCUCCAGCCAGAGUAGAGACUCUCAGGGAGGAGGUGCUCACAGACUUACGGGUGUUUGAGCUGAACUCGGACAGUGGGAAAUCUACACCUUCCAACAAUGGAAAGAAAGGCUCAAGCACAGACAUCAGCGAGGACUGGGAGAAGGACUUUGACUUGGACAUGACUGAAGAAGAAGUGCAGAUGGCACUUUCCAAAGUGGAUGCCUCGGGUGAGUCCUCUCCCAUUUGCAGCUGGAAGAUGUAGAGUGGGAGGACUGGGAAUGAGGGGAGCCAGAGCAAGCAGCUCCCCCUCCCACAGCACCUCCCAUUUCCCUCGAUCGUCUCAGCCCAGCCCUGGAAGACACUGACCAAGAAUGUCCCCCAAGUGGCCUCUCAACCAGAGCUCUAGGCACAGAUUCUGAGUUGUUUCUUGCUGGCCCUGUGGGCCUCUGCUCACAUCUGGGAAGGGGCUCACAAACCAAGAACUCUGACUUGUGCCAACCAUAGGAUGACCUAAGGGGGAGGAAACCUGCCCCCUCACCGGAAGAGCCUACAUUUCUAUGCUGAAUACCCUGUUCCUGGGGACUCUUGCUGGGAAGUCCCAAGGGAUAGCUCCAUCCCUUCUGCCUGUGUGGACAGAAGCUGAACCACCAGUCUCUUGGAAGAAGCCAAGUCAACGCACUGUCCACCCAUAAGCAGGCAAGGAAAGACAUGCCACCUUGCCACCUGCCAUUGGCUAGAUGGGGAUGGCAAACAGUUUGGUUCUUAUUCCGGUGGGUAAGAGACGUUUGAUUCUGGGAAAUUAGCCUCUCUUGGGAAUCUCCUCUUCCCAGGCAUUUCCAUUCCCAGAAAGGUUCCUUGUGGUUCAGAAUCUAGAGACCAAACCCUGAGUUCCCCUCUCCUCUCAUCCAGCCCAGCUGGGAUGUCCCCAACACCUUUCCCAGGGCUUCCUCAUGUCAGAUGCACCCAAGUCCUUAGCCCAGCUGUGCCACCUGCAAGACUCUGCUCUUGCUUUUCUCCCCCUCCCCACGAAGGGAGGGGCCACUUCAGGCCCUUCUGUGCGAUGCCUGGCGGGGUACUUUGUCCAGCCAGCUACCCACCUCAAUUCACCUGGAUCUUAGGACAUAAGCCAGCUCGCAGUGGUACAGAGCAGUGAUCAAAGCUGAGUACUUACAACUCGGGUAAGCCCAAUUUCUCUGCCUCAGCCCUUCUGCUUCUAGAAGGGAGCUCUUCUGAAAAAGGCUUCUGAGAAAGCUCUUCUUGAAGGCAGACCUGUCUUUGCCUCUCACCCUCCACUCUGCUAAAGCUGCACCUCUCUUGGGGGAAUGCAGGGCUGCAGGAAUCCCUGGAGGCCCUGGUGCUUAGUGCUGCUCUGGUAUUCUAGUACAUAGUCUGGUGUUCACCAAUGAUUUCAUGGGAGCGUGGCUGGGAUCCCAAGGAGUGAGGGGGUGGGGCGGAGAGAAUGCGGAAUCUGUUUGAUUGGAUGGGGUUUUUCUCUUUGUAAUUAUUUCUUUAGUUUAAUCUUUUGGUUGUUUGUGCAAUAUUAUAUAUUUUAAAUUAUAAUGCAUCUCCCCAGAGUAUUUUGUAGCUGGGAAAAGAAAAAAAGGAGAACAAAAAAAAAAAAGAUUCUAACAGCUGUUAGUUUUGUAAUUAAAAAAGAAAGAAAAAAGAACUUUGUCCUGAACCUUUUCCAGACUUGUCGUUAACAGCAUUAAAGAGAUUCAACAGAAGCUG